UAGGGCAGAGGCAGAAUUAGGACGCAACGAAACGAAGUAGAAAUAUCUGCACAGUCCAACAAACUACCAAGAUACAGAGAAAAUGGCUGCAGCUGCUUCUUCUUCUCUUUUCUUCAAUCGGUUGGCUUCUCCUUUCCUCAACUCCAAGAAGAAGCCAUCCUCUGACCUCUCUCCCGACACUCUUGAGCUUGGGUUUUUUGGACCCGCCACCAACUCUGCCACUGCUUCUCUGAGAUUGAAGGAGCCGAAUUAUGGGAAGGGAUCAUCUUCUGGUUUCUCUGUUGUCUGUAAAGCUGUGUCGGUCAAGCCUGACACUGACAUCGAAGGACUUAACAUUGCUGACGAUGUUACUCAGCUUAUUGGGAAAACACCUAUGGUGUACUUGAACAAUAUUGUGAAGGGCUCUGUUGCAAAUAUUGCUGCCAAGCUUGAGAUAAUGGAACCAUGUUGCAGUGUGAAGGACAGGAUAGGUUACAGUAUGAUAGCUGAUGCUGAGCAAAGAGGAGUUAUAACACCUGGAAAGAGUAUUCUUGUGGAACCUACUAGUGGAAAUACAGGCAUUGGCCUUGCAUUCAUAGCCGCCUCAAAAGGAUAUCGGCUCAUCUUGACAAUGCCAGCAUCAAUGAGUUUGGAAAGAAGAGUUCUUCUGAAAGCAUUUGGCGCUGAGCUUGUUUUAACUGAUUCAGCAAAAGGCAUGAAGGGAGCAGUUCAAAAAGCGGAAGAGAUUUUGAAGAGCACACCCAAUGCCUACAUGCUUCAACAAUUUGACAAUCCAGCAAAUCCUAAAAUACACUAUGAGACAACUGGUCCGGAGAUCUGGGAAGACACCAGAGGCAAGGUGGACAUUUUUAUUGCAGGGAUUGGAACUGGUGGAACCAUAUCUGGAGUUGGUAGGUUCCUCAAAGAAAAAAAUCCUAAAAUCAAGGUUAUUGGGAUAGAGCCUACAGAGAGCAACAUACUUUCCGGUGGAAAGCCUGGUCCUCACAAGAUUCAAGGAAUCGGAGCAGGUUUUGUACCUAGGAAUUUGGACCAAGAUGUGGUUGAUGAAGUUAUAGAGAUAUCCAGUGAUGAAGCUGUUGAAAUAGCAAAGCAAUUAGCACUUCAGGAAGGCUUGUUGGUUGGCAUAUCCUCUGGAGCUGCAGCUGCUGCUGCAAUGAAGGUUGGGAAAAGAUCUGAGAAUGCUGGGAAGCUGAUUGCGGUUGUCUUUCCAAGCUUUGGCGAGCGAUACCUCUCCUCUGUACUUUUCCAGUCUAUUCGAGAUGAAUGUGAGAAAAUGCAGCCGGAACCUUAAAGUCUUCUGUAUUUUUUGACGAAAGAAAAAAUAGUUUUUCCUUCACAUAGAUUUUGAACCUUUCAGUAAUUGUAUGUUUACCAUUGAGAAGGCCUUUGCCUAAAAUUCUUAACCUUUGAGUUAUGACACCGGUAAAAUUCUUGACUGGAAUGCUCUUGCGAUGUCAUAAACAGAGUUGGUCUUUGAUAUUUGACUGUUAUAGAAGUCCUCAAAAAUGAUGCAGAACACUAUAAACAGGAAAGAAAAGGUUGAAAGUUGCUCUUC